AAAAUUUAAUUUCGUUGAAAUUAAAAGAGGAAAAGAAAAAGAAAACGAAAAAACAAAAAAAAGCCCUAAAUCAAAAUCUCAUCACCUUCCUCUGUUUUCUCUCUCUAAAUCCAUGGAUCCUUCUCUCUCUGUACCCAAUGAUCCUCACCAUCCUCCUCCGUUCACCGCUUUUCCUCCUUUCACCAACUCCAAUCCCUUCGCCACCGCCCAACACCCCUUCUUCACCGCCGCUAACCCCUCCGCCGUCGCGCCGCCUAACAACAACCAGUUCUUUCAACCGCCGCCGCAACAAGUUCCUCAUCCAUCUUUUAACCACCCUCCUUACUCCGACAUGAUUUGCACUGCGAUUGCGGCUUUGAACGAGCCAGACGGCUCAAGCAAGCAAGCAAUUUCGAGGUACAUCGAGAGAAUUUACACUGGGAUACCUCCAGCUCAUGGCGCUCUGCUAACUCACCAUCUCAAGACUCUGAAGAACAGUGGAAUCCUCGUGAUGGUGAAGAAAUCCUACAAAUUCGCAGCUACUCCUCCUCCGACUAGCGUAGCUGUUGCAGCUGCAGCUCAAGCUGCUGGUCUUGAGCCUCCCAGAUCUGAUUUCCCGAGUAACAUCACAGUCAACGAGAACCAACCUUUACCUGAUCCGGCUGCGACUUCUGCUCCUCAGACUCAGAAACGUGGUCGUGGUCGACCUCCGAAACCAAAACCCGAUGUUCAAUCCAGUGAUGCUCAGACUAACGGAAAAUCCACCUGGGAACCAAACGAAUUUCCUGUUUCUCGACCAGAGGAUGAGAUUCAGCCACAGAUUCAGCCUCAGAUGCAGCCACAGAUGCAGCCACAGAUGCAGCCACAGACGCAGCAGCCGAUAAGGAGGCCACCGGGUCGUCCGAGGAAAGAUGGAGCUUUGCCGACAGUGAAGCCGGCUUCUGUUUCCGGAGGCGUUGGAAUCGUGAAGCGAAGAGGUCGGCCACCGAGUGGAAGAGCUGCUGGGAGAGAGAGGAAGCCAGCAGUGGUCUCAGCUCCGGCUUCGGUGUUCCCAUACGUUGCUAACGGUGGAGUCAGACGCCGAGGGAGACCGAAGAGAGUUGACGCAGGUGCUUCUUCUUCUCUUGCGCUACCUCCACCACCACCUAACGCGGAGAGUGGAGGAGCUGAGGUUGGAGUCAUGGUUGCGAAGAGAGGACGAGGACGGCCUCCGAAGAUUGGAGGUGUGAUCAGGAAGCCUAUGAAGCCGAAGAGAGGCUAUUUUCGUACUGGAAGACCUGUAGGAAGACCAAGAAAGAAUGCUGCGUCAAAGGGUGCUCCUGGACAACAAGAUAUUGGCUAUGGUGAACUCAAGAAGAAGUUUGAAUUGUUUCAAGCGAAAGCGAAGGAUAUUGUUAACGUGUUGAAAGCCGAGAUAGGAGGAAGUGAAAACCAAGCAGUGGUUCAAGCCAUACAAGAGCUGGAAGAGCUAAUUGUAACAACAACAGAGACGCCGCCAACAGGGGAACCACAACACAUGGAAGAAACGCAGCCACUUGAACAACACCCUGAACCUGAACCUGAGGGACAGGGACAAGAACAAGGUCAAGUUCAAGGACAAGGACAAGCACAGACAGAAGCAGAGGCUAUGCAGGAAGCUCUGUUCUAAAGAGAGCAGUCUUGACAUAGUUUGUAAAAGCUAGCAAGUGGUGAUGAUGAUGGUGGGUUUGCUUGUUGUGUGUUCUAUGAAUUUUUUAAUCUUAUAAGGGUGUUUGCAGGAGAGAAAACAAAAAAAAAAACCAAAAUGAUGAUGAUUGUGUCUCUAACCAAACAACAAGGAGAGGUAGGGUAAUGUCUGUAAAGUAUUUAGGAUGUUGCCAUUGUUCAUGUACCAUCUCUCUCUCUCCAUCGGUCAUAUCUGUGUAGGCUUUUGCUUUGUACCCUCAUGUUUAUUAGACUCUGUUCUCUUCUUUUUAUUUGGUAUCUUAGGCUUUUAGGAUUUAAUGUUUCUCAAAGACGCUAUGUAAUUUUUACUUCUAUGAUGGUUUCUUCAGUCAUGUCA